AUGGCUUCUUCGCUGUACGUUGUGUGUCUGUUGACACUUCAGCUUCACUUCUUGAGGUCUUGGGCGACUGGUGCGAUGACGACGUCUGAAAAGUUCACCGAAAACGGCGUGGUCCCUGAUGUAGUAUCGACUUCACCAGCAAAUCUGUUGGAAGUGAAAUACGCCGGCGACCUCGUUGUUGACUUGGGAAACACUCUGAAACCGUCGCAGGUUAAGAACGAACCGGUGCACAUUAAAUGGCCAACGGAAAGCGGCGCGUUGUAUACCGUCAUCUUUACCGAUCCUGAUGCACCUUCCCGUAAAAAUCCGACAUUCCGUGAGUGGCGUCAUUGGUUGAUCGUCAACGUGCCGUCAAGUGGGGACAUCUCUCAGGGUGAGGUCUUGACACCAUACAUGGGAUCGAUGCCACCUGCUGGGACAGGAUUGCAUCGAUACGUGUUUCUGGUUUACAAGCAGCCAGGUAAGAUUCACGAUGAUAAAUAUGGUCGUCGAUCUGAUCGUGCGAAAUGGAGCGCCGCGAAAUUUGCGGCCGAACAUAACCUUGGAUCUCCGGUGGCAGGAAAUUUUUUUCAGGUGAUCUUUACUGAAUAUCUGAUGAAAGUGUAUCAGCCAUCAAUUUAG